AUGUUCUUUCGGGAAAGAAGAGUGCAUUCUAAUUAAAAGUAAUAUCAUGGAUAUGAAGAUGCUAAAAAUUAAUUAGAUUUAGUUGAUAAAUUCAUAAAUCCUUCAUAUGAUAUACCAAUAAGUCAUUAGGCAAGUUAAAAGAGUGGAAUUAGACAAUUAAAUUAAUUGGAUAAAUCUUUUUAGAUUCCAAUUUAAAAUGGAUAUCCCGAAGCAUAAUUAAAUGAAGAAGUAGCUCAAAUGUAGCAAACUUUAGAUAAAUAAAGUUAAACACUUAAAAGACUGUUGAAAGAAUAAAAAGAAGUAACAUUAUAAAUGGAUAACUAAGAUUAAUAGAACUUAAAUUUUAAAAUAAGAACUAGAUCAUCUUAAAACUCAAGUCCAAACCCUUCAUCUUAAAUUGCCAAAGCUUCCUUAAUAUGACCAACUAAAUGAAAUCAAAUAUGAAAUCAACUCUUUGAGAUAUUCAUUUUUUCAAUAAGCUCGACAACCUCAAUAACCCAUUAUUUAACCACCUUAAAUCAUAUAUUAACAUUUACCAUAACCUAUUUCAUAAUAAUAAUUUCUAUAACCGUACAUUCCCUAUAAUCAUUAAUAUCCACAUUCUGGAUCUCAAUAAUUCUAUCCUCCCUUUAAUAAUCCUUAUUAAUAUCCCUAUAAUCCUUAAUCAUCUAGAAUUAAACAUAAAACUUAACAGCAAUCUUCAGACUCCACUCAUCUAACUAAAGUCAAAAAUAAAACUAAAAAUAAAACUAAAACUAAUAGUUCCUUCUCGCAAGUUCCUAAUUCAAGAUAAAAUAGCAAAUAAUUUAUUCCUUAAAUCUCUAAAGGAUCUAAUAAAAAUACUAAAUAAAGCUUUUUCAUGGAAGUAAUUUUAUAUAAUUUUAUUUAGAAUAAUCCAAUAGAAAAUUAAAUAUAAAAUUCUAAAUUAAAAAAUAUCUUUAAUGCUGUUAGAUAUGCUAUGAGAUGGAAAAUUUAUUGUAAACCAAAUAAAAUCUUAUGGAGGAAGCUCUAUAAACAUUCAAUUGAAUGUAAAACCAUUAUUUAAAAAACUUCUUAUCCAAUUGCUUUAAAACGUAUAAAAGAUUGGUGUAAAAUGGUUUUAGCUAAAGUCGAUAAUUAUUUAAGCAAAAUUAAAGAAAUUGAUUUUAUUGUAUUAUCAUAUUUAAUCAUAGAAUCCAGAAAAACCACUUACUGAUUAAGAAAUUGAUUAAUCCUAUAUGUAACUCACUAUCUCAACUAAAUAUCUAAUGACCAGUUUGUUAACAUACUGUACUAAUGAUUUUAUGAUUCCAGAGCUUAAAUUUCUAUCCUAUUUAUAGUUUUUUGAUUCACCUAAUAUUGAUAGAGGAUUAUUUAUAUCAAAACGAGUAUUAUUUUGGAAAGAAAAUUAAUUAGAAAUGACUAAAACUCAAUAAUAAAUGAUUAUUGGUGAUCUAGUUAUCCUUGUCCAUAUAUUACCUGCACUAUUAGAAAUCUCAGGUUCAUAUUUUCUUAUUAAAUCAAUGGUUACAUUAGUUUAAAUGUAAUUUAUGAAGAAUUUUGAUAUAAAGAUUGUAAACGAAAAUCCAAAUUUAAGAAUUAUACAAUUAAAUGUAAUCGAAUAUAUUAAUGGAAAAUUAUCAGUUAAAUUAUAAAAAGUUGAAAAUUUUUAAGAUGAGAGAUAUAUUGUUGGAAUAUAUGAGGAUUAUCAUUUUUCGGGGUUUUUUUAAAAAAGACCACACCUACAAGAUGAUAUUUAAAAAACACUUUCUGAAAUACAUACUAAUUUAUUAUAAGCUUUAACUGCUAAAUGA